CCUGCAACACCUGCAUCACCAUCCACUUCGAGGCUCCGGAGACAAACUCCACCGAUGCCAACAAGCCCUUUCAUCAUCAUCCUACGAGUAUUGCGACCUUCCUGUCUUCGACCAAGGCUAGUACCCUCCGGGCAAAGGCCCCGAUGCCAGCCUCCGAAGGAAAAGGUACUGUAGUGCUGAUUCCGGCCAUUGAUUGGCACACCGAUGUCUGCAUCUGGCAAGGCAGAGAUGAUCCAAAGCCAGGAACAUCAUCAAGAUGCAUAGUUCCGUCCCGCCAACCAUGAGGACCGGUAUGCAAAGGAAACCGCCGGUGCCAUGUGGCGUGUCAUUCUGUCAAGACAGCUCCGGAAAGUUGAUUCCCAGCCCUUGAGGAAGCCGUGAAGCCCUUCGAUGACCGAUGACGGAACGCGGUAUUCUUUCUUAACUACCCCAAACUGCGAUCUUCCUUCUGUAUACCUCGCCGGCAUUCUGUAGAAAUCCGAGAGAGGUCGCGCUCACAGCGUCCUUUUGCUCUUCAUUCGUUUUAUCUACCUCUCAUUUGAACUACCAACAUUCGCUCGUACACUCCAGCUAUCGCUGGACUGCAGCAUGCGUACAUGUGAAGGCGGGGGAUAUUAAAAAAGCGCAAAGUAUCCAAGAUGCAUUUUUCACUCGGACUGUUGGCGGCUUCAUCGCUGGCCGUAGCAAUAGCAUCUGCAGAGGCGCCGACCGCAACGACCAUUGAGACGCCGCAUCCAGGUCCUCCACCGCCAGUGCUGCAGAAUACCACCGUCAUAAAUGAAACAAUCAUUGAAAUAUGUCCACCUCCACCUACUGUCUUUUUCAAUGUCACCGACUACGUACCUAUCACCGAAACAGCAACAACUACAGUCACCGCCGUUACCACCGCAACAUAUAUCGAUACCACCACUCAACCCAUUACCAUUUUCCAGACGAUAAUAUCAACCACAGUCGUGACAGCGACGUCGACAGUAACUACGACCGAGACCGAGACCGAGACUGAUACAGAGACGUCAACGACUACGACCACGACGCUUUCGAUCAGCCCGACAACGGACACUGCGACGAUAACCAAUACAGCCACAGAUACGACGACCGACACGCUCACAGAAACAACGAGCACGACUAACACUGCCACCGAACUCAUUUCCGAGUACUUGACAACAGAGCAAGUCACGAGCAUCACGCUCUGCCCGACAAGAAUAGCCAAUCCAACUUAUACCGCGAAUGAGCCGUACCCUACCGAUUGGACAUGGGGUUGUCCCCCGGGUUGGCUUUGUCGACCACAACGACAAAAUUGUAACUUUGAAGCCGGUAUUCCUGCCGAUGGCUUCUAUUGUGCUCCCAAUGAAUGUAUACCUGCGGAGGCUCUUCCCGCCUACCUCCCAACAUGGGAUGCCGACAUUUACGGCAACGCCACACCAAUCACCAAUCCAGGCCUCAAUGUUCAAGCCAUCGACGACUUUUUCAACAUGGGCCCUGAGCAAUUUGGCCUUACUUAUCAGAUCUUCGUCGUCGACGAAGUCUUUACCCUCACAUCAACGUUCCUUGAACAGCCUACGCCCACUCUCGCGGCCCGUCAAGCGCAGACCAGUGUCCCAGGAGCCUGUUACCCGUGGUGUAACAACUGCCUCCUCGAAGCACAGUCCAGCGGCAAAUCUCCCAAACUUUGCCUACCCGGAUCCGCAUUCGAAACGUCACUGAAUCAGUGUGAGCAGUGCAUCAAUGUCCAUCGCGGCGACGAUACAGGCUUUGUCCAGAUUGCGCCACAGUUCCAGCAAUUCUUAGACUACUGUGAUCAAUAUGCCACAGUUGUCGUUACGACAUCUGCGACGGUGACCACGAGCAACGCUGGCGGCACGACGAUCAGUGUCGUAUCCUCGACAAUAUCGACUACAGUCACGCCGAAAGCCUCGGCUUCAACGUCGACAUCGAGCGGUCCACUAAGCUCGAGUACAACAGUCGUGGCAACGACGGUGACCACGCCAACAUCGCCUUCUUCUGCCGCGCCAACUUCACCACCCAUCACAACGACGGAGUCAGCGCCAUCGACAAGCUACACACAGACCACCGUGGCGUCGACCGACUGGUCUCAAAUCACCAUCAUCAUGCCCGUCGGGGACAACAGUACCACGACCGUGUAUGGCUCGACCCUACCCAGCGGCAGCGCCACCCUCGUCCUUCCUGAGCCCGUCAGCUCGAGUCCAGUCACUUCAGAUGUCACUGGCCCCGCUGCGUCGGGAACCUCGUCGGCAUCGCCGGCGACCUUCACUGGCGCAGCUGUCGCCGUGAAAUUUGCAGCAUCACCCGGACGGAACGCGUGGAUGACGAUGCUGCUGGACCUACUGGUCCCCACACUCCUUGCACUAGUUUUUUGAGGCAAUGAGAAAGUGUGUCGGAAUGUGUAUAGGGACGGGCCACAAACAAAUUUGGACACGCACACGAUAGUAGAAGUCCUAGCGGUCGGAGAUUUUGGGCCCAGUGGGCCCCCGGAACAUACAGUCCGCGAAAACGAAAAAACGAGAGGCAAAUUUUUUGUAUGUUGGGAUGAUGAUUAACUUAAUGUAAGUUGGAAGUAGCAAGAGCAAGUCGAGACUUGAAA